AUGCAUGGGACCUUCGCCUACCUCGCUCUCUUCCUGACCUGCUCCUUCGCGAGAAGUGUUGGGAAACCACACCAAAACACCGCCCGGACGACUGUUCAGUAUUCUCAGAAACAGCCGCCAUUGACCACGCCUUGGACCGACGAUGUCGGAACCAAUCCAUGGCCUGAGUAUCCUCGUCCUCAGAUGGAGCGAACUCAGUGGAAGAAUUUGAAUGGCAUCUGGCAGUAUCAAAGUGCUUCCAGCCUGAACGACAGCCAAAAUGCGCCAUUUGGCCAAGAUCUCGCCCAAGAAGUUUUGAUUCCGUCUUGUCUCGAAAGUGGUCUCUCUGGCAUCCAAGGGACCAACACACUUUACUCCUGGUUCCGGACCAACUUCACCGUUCCGAGUACGUGGGACGGAGAAAAUGUGCUGCUCAACUUCGGAGCCGUGGACUAUGAAGCCACUGUGUUUAUCAACGGACAGCAAGCGGGUUUCCACCGGGGCGGUUACUUCCAAUUCACAGUUGAUAUUACGCAAUUUGUCAACCUAUCGGCAUCUAACGAAAUGAUUGUUUUCGUGCAUGAUCCCACCGAUAGUGACGGAUAUGUCAUCCCUAUCGGCAAGCAGCACCUUUCCCCGUCUCAUAUUUUCUACACUCCCUGUAGCGGAAUCUGGCAAAGCGUGUGGAUCGAGACUGCCCCGGCAGACUAUGUCACACAACUGGAUCUCAGCGCUGACAUGCAUGGCCAAGUCAAUGUCACCGUUCAUAGCUCCUCGGGCAACAGUACGGCAGUCAAUAUUUCCGUGCUGGAUGGUGGGGAUGUGGUGGGAUCUGCCAGCGGCAUGUCGGAUCAGCCCCUGCUGUUCAAUGUGUCCGAUCCGAAGCUUUGGUCCCCAGAUUCCCCCAACCUGUACAAUGUGUCAGUCGCUAUGGGGCAGGAUAAGAUCAAAAGCUACACCGGAUUCCGCACCUUUUCCAAGGGUACUGUGGAUGGCGUUGUUCGGCCACUAGUGAACGGAAACUUCACCUUCAUCUUCGGAACACUCGAUCAGGGCUACUGGCCAGAUGGACUGUAUACUCCUCCGAAUCGUGAAGCUAUGGUUUAUGAUCUUCAGUUCCUCAAGGAGCUGGGUUUCAACAUGGUCCGCAAGCAUAUCAAAGUUGAGCCAGCGCUUUGGUAUCGUGCCUGUGACGAAAUGGGUCUCCUAGUGAUCCAGGACAUGCCGUCCCUUCGGCCAUUGGAAACUGAAAUAGACGCUAACGGGGUGACACAAACUGUUCUUCCCGACGCCGACCAGCAGAAUGAGUUUGGUCGACAGCUAGAGCUUCUCGUCAAUCAGCUCAAAAGCUAUCCCAGCAUCUUUACCUGGGUGAUUUACAACGAAGGCUGGGGCCAGGUUACCAGUUAUUAUCCCGAAUUCAACUUGACGUCGAUUGUGAAGCAGCUUGAUCCUACCAGACUGGUUGAUGCGACUUCUGGCUGGCAUGACCACGGCGCGGGAGACUUCAGCGACAACCACCAUUAUGCAAACCCCCAGUGUGGCACUCCGUUCUACUCCAUCGACUCGACCCCGUAUGAUUCGAACCGGAUUGGCAUCCAAGGAGAGUUCGGAGGUCUCGGUCACAACGUCUCGAUCGACCAUCUUUGGAACAACCAAGAAGCCAUCAACAGCAUUAACCAGACCUAUGAGGUUGAUCUGGACCUCGACGCUUGGAAUUAUCGCAGCCACCUUCUGCUCUCCGAGCUUCAAGAUCAGGUCCGUCUGUACGCCUGCAGUGCGGGUGUGUGGACUCAAACCGCGGAUGUUGAGGGUGAGGUGAACGGUCUGAUGACAUACGAUCGGCGAGUCAAGCGAGUGGAUGAGAGCCAGUGGAAGGCUGACAUCCAAGGACUGUAUGAUGCGGCGUCUAACAGGACCAAAUCAUCGUAG